AUGAGAGUAUCUUCUUGGUUAUCCUUAUGGUGUGCUGUGCUCCCAGUCAGCAUUGUCGCCGAGACACUAUCAUUGAGUGAUAUCGUUGAAGCUCUUCCCGCAUGUGCUGUCACUUGUCUCACCACAGCUAUUGCAAAUUCUACCUGCUCUCCUACCGAUGAACAAUGUAUUUGUACAAACGUGCCACUGAACACAGAAGUUAAUGUCUGUGUAUCGGCGCAUUGCACCGUUAAAGAAGCACUUACUACUAAGAACGUAACAUCUGUCGCUUGCAAUGCACCUUAUAGGGACAAAGGGAAUUUCUAUACCUGGCUCUCUAACUCCUUCGUUAUUGUUUCCUGGGUGGCAUAUCUUUUAAGAAUUACAUCAAGAUUCAUUUCUGACACUAACCUCUGGUGGGAUGAUUAUAUGGCAACUGUUGUUAUGAUUAUCGGUAUACCAAGUUCCGUCAUCAACGUUCAAGGUCUAAGCGCCCAUGGAUUGGGAAAAGAUAUAUGGACUUUAAGCUUCAAUGAUAUCAGCGCCAUGAUUCGUUUCUUCUAUGCAGCCGAGAUCCUGUACUUUGCACAAGUUAGCUUUGUAAAGAUUUCAAUCCUUCUCUUCUUCCUCCGUCUCUUCCCCGAACGCAAGAUUCGCGUGGCAAUCUGGUGUACCAUCAUUUUAAAUGGCGUAAUCCUGGUAUUAUUUGACCUACUUGCCGUCUUUCAGUGCCGUCCAAUAAGUUUUUACUGGAAGAGAUGGGAUAACGAACAUGUUGGGACAUGUCUAAAUAUCAAUAUCCUGGCAUUUACAAGUGCUGGUCAAAGUAUUGUUAUGGACAUUUGGAUGUUGAUAUUGCCAUUAACUCAACUAUACGAUCUUAACUUACACUGGAAAAAGAAGGUUGGAGUGGGAGCGAUGUUGGGUAUUGGUAUUCUCAUAACUAUAGUCAGCACCCUCCGCCUCAAAUCACUAGUACACUUCGCAAAUACACAAAACCCAACAUGGGAUUACCUCGAAGUAGGCUACUGGUCCACAAUCGAAAUCUGCGUCGGCAUAAUCUGUUCCAGCAUGCCCGCCCUCCGCCUCCUCCUCGUCCGAAUCUUCCCCCGCUUCGCAAGCACCACAUACAACUCGAGUAACCACUCGAAAAAUCAAGGCAACGACCCCAGCAAAAGACGCUCUAGCGUACCCAAAAUCCAGUUCAGAAACGCGUAUAAGAGAGGUCCUUUACAUUCUGUAGGCACACCAGGCGUCGGAGGCCCCGGCAUCACGAUGAAGAAAACAUAUGAGGUGGUGUCGAAUCAGCGGGGAGGCACAGGAAGAGGGGGAUUUGAUGGGAAAAUGGGAGAAGAAGAUGGGACGGAAUUAGUUCAUAGGCCUGGAACGAAGGACUCAGAACAAAGGGUGAGUUUUGAAUAUUUGGGGCGUCGUUUGUCGUCGCGUUUGGAUGGGAAGGGUGAGGCGGGGAGUGUGGAUGAUGAGGGGGAGUUGGGAAGUCCGAGGAGUCGGGAUUGGGUUUGA